GGCCUGAGAACGAUGGCCAGAAGUCAUCUGCAAAAGAUCUGCGCGGUGGCAGUCUCGCUGCUUAGCUCUCAUGGUUCCGUCUCCUCUCCCGCUCAUCCACCAGAGCCCCUCGUUCCUUCUCUCGCCCUGGCAUGGCAUCCGUCGCCUUGACCGCGGCAGAUUCCACAGGACUUUCUCUGUGAAUGGCCCCUUGGGGAGGGAUGAAACAAGGUCGGAGGUCGAUCGGGACAAGGCCCGGGAAGCACUACGACAGCUGGACCAGCAGCUCGAGUCCCUUGCCCAACGAGAAACCCUACCGAGGAAGAAGCGGCCUGCCCCUCCCCCUUUUCUAGAAUCCGAUCUUGAGAGAGACUUCAUGAUGACUGGCAGGCAGGUGGAAGAGAUGCCAGAAAUUUCAGAUUCUUUUCUCGCAUACACUGCUGCAGCACUUCUUCUACUUACAAUCGUGAACAACAUCUUGUUCAUUGUGUUCACAAAACCACCUGCUGAUGGAAAUGAGGAGGUUUCAGACGUUGUAAGACAGCCUCUUGUCGAUCUGACAGAGCAAGCAGCUCCACAGCUUGUUGACUAAAGGUCAGUUGCAUUGUAGUUAAUUAAGUGCACUCUCAUAUAUGUGAAAUGGUAGUUUAUUAAUUCCACAUAACUAUUUUCACUGUGUAGAUUCCAAACACCAUGUAUUUCUUUGAUCCUGCUAUAUGUUUUGUUCAUGACAUCAAAUAGUGUUAUGAUAUCUUCUCUUAUUCCAAGAUUUUGUGAGGAGCUUGAUGUA